AUGAGUGUGGAGGGGUCUAUGGACAGCCUGUAUGAGGUGGUGCAGAGCUCCAGCGACAGGCCCCCAAAGCCCAUCCCCAGCCGCUCAUCCAGCCGCUCCUGCAGCCGCUCCUGCAGCCCAGCGGUCCUGCUGGACAACAACACAAAGUGGCGAGGCUCCGGGAGAUCAAUAUCCAUGGAGAUGCCUCAGACGCAGACGACCAACUCUAAUAAAAAGAUAAGAAGAACACAUAUAAACAAAUCUGCAUCAGAUAAUGAAACAUUGGAUAACCCCGGCUGUAAUACCACGGUCUGGCAGGGCGCCAAGAGCCAAGAAGAUUUAGUCCACAUCACCAACAAUCACAAUGAAGAGACGAGGAAAACUAAACACAGAACAGAAACUAAAGGAGGGAAAGGAGCUCAUCAUUCUGGCACAAAGAAAAAGGAGAAACUGCCAACGAGUCAGAGUGUCCAUGUGGUGCCAGAGUCUAAACCUGCAUUCAAAAGAAGCCAAAAGACGGGAAAGAAACCAGCUGGGAAGAGCGGGAAAGAGGCGUCAAAGAAAAGUCACAAGUCCACAGUUCACUCCCCACCCACUUCCAUUAGCCCACCAAUGGGACCCCACUAUCUGGAUGUUCCGUACAGAUCAGACAGGAGGCCUUACCUUGGCAAGUCAUCCACCCUCCCCUCUCAGGAGAACACGACGCCAGGCCGCUGCACGGAUAUGACCAGCCUACCGGGUGGUGCGACUCCCACCCACGCCUACCACCAGCGCUGGAGUAACCCAGGUGACAGCAGUCCAUCCUGGGGGACUGUCCAGCACACCUGUCGCAGACCACUCACAGAGUACCGCAUGUACUCUCAUGAAUUCACCCCAGCCAAUGGGAAGGAGUGGGAGGAAAGACAAGAGCAGGACCAGGAUAUCAGCUUGAAACAGGACUGUAAACCCCAGAUUUCCCCAAAGGUGUCACGGUCUGUCACUGACUUGGAUCUGUCAGAACCAGACGUAAGUUGA